GACAAUGGUGGCGACAAGACGUUCUCAUGAGUCAAAGAAAGGUAACCUAAACACGGUGGACCUCGUCCGGAAGGAAGUCAAUGUCCAGGAAAUGACGCUUGACGAGCUGCGAAUAGAGGUAGAGUUUGAACGAAAGAGACGGCAGCAGUGGAGGACCCUACUAAAGGAGUCAGCCCGUGAUAUCGGGAAGGAAGAAGAGAUCUUGAUAAGAGACGGAGAGGAUGAGGAAGACGAGCGAUGGCUCAACAAAUACAAGAUUCAGAGAACCAAAAAUGCAGAGCUGGAAGCUGAGCAUGAAGACUUACUCGCUAAGAUCAACAUUACAAAACUAAAGCUGAAGGAUGCUGAACGUUCUAUGGCACUCAAAAACCCCCUAGAUUACUCUGACGCAGAAGUGAGGAAACUGCUCGUCACCACCAACAAAGCGAAGAAUAGUCUGACGAGUGAGCUGAAGGAUUAUGAGUGGAGACUGGAUAGUGAGUCCCAGAAGUUCUCGAAAGCCGAGGAACAGCGGAAGACCUUCAUGGUGCAACUAUACGGAGCAACGGAGGCGAACAGGAUCCUUAACACCGAACACAGGUUGAAACACGAGCGAAUGCAGAAGAGCAAAUCACAGAACAAGCUCCUGGCAUCCCAGAAUUCGGAGAAGAAGCUUAGUGAAAAGAAGAUUACUCCUACCAAAAACAUGACGCCUAGGAGAUCGCCAGUUAAGAUGCUGGACCCCAAGAAAGGUCCUGUGAAGAAGUCUGCUCUUGUGAAGAACUUGCCUAAACUUGAAGAGAGAAAAAGGAAAACGAACUAUUGAAAAGAAUGAAAUGUAUAAAUUAUCCCUCACAGAAAUAGCAAAUGACAGAUUUUUUAGAUGUUUGCACUUUGCUCAACAAAUUUUCCCAGCAAAGUCUGUGAUUCUUCUAAAACUAGAAAGCUUGCCAUAGUGGACAAAAACUGUAUCGACACUGUCAUUUUUGAACUAUUUAUAUGUAAUGUCAGAGUGAUCAGACCUAGCUUUCGCCUAAAAAGAAACGUUCUUGGUCGAGAUCUCCAGAUUUUUUCCACGUUUUACAUCAACUCAGUUGACAUCAACAUUUUCUGUGACAGUCUCGUUAAAAGCUGGCUGAGUCUCGUUAAAAGCUGAUCUCUUCUUUUUGGAUGAUCUGUAUACAAGCUGAAGCAGGGUUGUGGCAAUAGUAAUUAAUAGUACUAUUUUAAUUAUUGGCAGUUAUCUAACGAUGAUAUUUAUUGAGAUUUUGAUUUGAGGAAAUGGAUGUGAACCAUAUUUUGUCUUACACGUGAAAGCAAAUAGUAUUAACCAAUGAAAACUUACCAUGACUGGCGUGAUUCAAAACAAAUAUGGUUCACUUCCCCACCAGUAUUCAUAUCUAUAAAUCGCACCCUAUAAAUUGUCCUCAUCCAUACCAAGAUAUGUUACUAAUUAGAUGUAAUUUUAUGAGAGUUACCUGCUGUUUGACUGACUGCAAGGCUGAGUCCUGGUAGUAGAGUUUCUGAGAAAGUGUCUCCAGUGAGACAGAGUUAGCGUUGAUCUUAUCAGCUAGCCCGUAGUUGCUCUGCUUGUAGGAAGCGAACGAGCUGCUCAGGGUCUCCAACUCGUAUUUCUGGCUUGUUAUAUCCGAGAUCACAGUCUGAAUCUCCCUUC